UGUCUGAAACCACAAACACACCACAAAAAUCAGAAUUCCCAACGAGCUUCUCAUUGUCUGAUUCCAGCAAAAUACCAUCUUUUCCUGAAUCUACAACUCUCUCCAAGGGUACUGAAACCUCCAUGCCUCACCUCUCAACCAACGUAACCACCCCAACGUUGACCGAAACUACAUCAACUCCCCAAAAAACUGAACAUACAACCAUCCCUAUGUCCACAUCAAGUGCCACUUACCAGGCAAUACAAAAUACUACCAACACUAAAAAAACUCAACUAAUUACAACCACUUCUUUAUCUAAAUCUCAGAUUACUGCCCAAGUAGCUCAAUCAACCUCAAUUCCUCAAGCAACCGAAUCCUUCAUAAUGUCACCAUCUUCUGAGUCAGUUACAUCUCCACCACCUGAAUCCAUCACCACUCUGUCUGAAUCAAAGUUCACCACAACCUUAACUGAAUCUGAAUCGUCCACCCCAACUUUAUCCGAGUCAUCUUCCAAUACCCAAGAAAGUGAAUACCCUAUUGCCUCCUCUCCUUUAUCUACAUCCAUAACUACUCCUGCAACAAAUGAAUUCAACACCACAUCGACAUCGCCCUUAUCAACAGAGAACCAGCUAACAUUUGAAAAUACAAUUAUUAUAUCCACAUCACAAUCCAUUGCCAAUUCACCUCUUACUGAAACCAUCACCCCAACUUUGCCUCAAACCACGCCUACUACUCAGGUAACUGAAUCCACAAACAAAACACCACUAGCAACAUAUGCAACCAUUCCUCAAACAACUGAAUCCACUACCACCUCGCUUUUGAUUGAGCCCACAACCUUAUCUCCCACAUCUGAAUCCACCAUCGUUCUUUUGUUAUCUCGCUCCACAAACUCUCCUGAAACAACAGAAUUGUCUGAUUCCACAUCCAUUUCACAGGGAAAUAAUGCAAACACAAAUGCCCUGUUACUGAACAACUUCACCAGUACUUCCCUAGCAAAUGAAUCCACCACGACGUCCAAAACAACUAAAUUCACCACCCUGCCUCUGUUCUCUGAAAGUUCAACCACUGAACUGGAAACAGAAUUUACCACAAAUCUCAAAUCUUCUGAGUUCACUGUCACUCCAACUGUAUUUGAGUCAACAUCUCUUUCCGAAAUGACUACAGCCAUCACUUCUUCCCCUGCACAAGAAUCCACCACCUCCCCUCUUUUGUCUGAAUCUGCAACCAUUCCACAAGCAACAGAAUCCAUCACGAUGUCUCAGGUAACUAACGUAGUUCUGACAGCUAAUUCUGAAGCCACUAUCAACCCACAAGAACAUGAACCGCCCACUACAUCUUCAUUCUCUCAAACUGCAACCGCUCCCAAGAAAACAGAAUUUACCACCAGUCUCAAAUCAUCUGAAGUGACCAUCACCCCUGUUGUGUCUGAAACCACAAACACACCACAAAAAUCAGAAUUCCCAACGAGCUUCUCAUUGUCUGAUUCCAGCAAAAUACCAUCUUUUCCUGAAUCUACAACUCUCUCCAAGGGUACUGAAACCUCCAUGCCUCACCUCUCAACCAACGUAACCACCCCAACGUUGACCGAAACCACAUCAACUCCCCAAAAAACUGAACAUACAACCAUCCCUAUGUCCACAUCAAGUGCCACUUACCAGGCAAUACAAAAUACUACCAACACUAAAAAAACUCAACUAAUUACAACCACUUCUUUAUCUAAAUCUCAGAUUACUGCCCAAGUAGCUCAAUCAACCUCAAUUCCUCAAGCAACCGAAUCCUUCAUAAUGUCACCAUCUUCUGAGUCAGUUACAUCUCCACCACCUGAAUCCAUCACCACUCUGUCUGAAUCAAAGUUCACCACAACCUUAACUGAAUCUGAAUCGUCCACCCCAACUUUAUCCGAGUCAUCUUCCAAUACCCAAGAAAGUGAAUACCCUAUUGCCUCCUCUCCUUUAUCUACAUCCAUAACUACUCCUGCAACAAAUGAAUUCAACACCACAUCGACAUCGCCCUUAUCAACAGAGAACCAGCUAACAUUUGAAAAUACAAUUAUUAUAUCCACAUCACAAUCCAUUGCCAAUUCACCUCUUACUGAAACCAUCACCCCAACUUUGCCUCAAACCACGCCUACUACUCAGGUAACUGAAUCCACAAACAAAACACCACUAGCAACAUAUGCAACCAUUCCUCAAACAACUGAAUCCACUACCACCUCGCUUUUGAUUGAGCCCACAACCUUAUCUCCCACAUCUGAAUCCACCAUCGUUCUUUUGUUAUCUCGCUCCACAAACUCUCCUGAAACAACAGAAUUGUCUGAUUCCACAUCCAUUUCACAGGGAAAUAAUGCAAACACAAAUGCCCUGUUACUGAACAACUUCACCAGUACUUCCCUAGCAAAUGAAUCCACCACGACGUCCAAAACAACUAAAUUCACCACCCUGCCUCUGUUCUCUGAAAGUUCAACCACUGAACUGGAAACAGAAUUUACCACAAAUCUCAAAUCUUCUGAGUUCACUGUCACUCCAACUGUAUUUGAGUCAACAUCUCUUUCCGAAAUGACUACAGCCAUCACUUCUUCCCCUGCACAAGAAUCCACCACCUCCCCUCUUUUGUCUGAAUCUGCAACCAUUCCACAAGCAACAGAAUCCAUCACGAUGUCUCAGGUAACUAACGUAGUUCUGACAGCUAAUUCUGAAGCCACUAUCAACCCACAAGAACAUGAACCGCCCACUACAUCUUCAUUCUCUCAAACUGCAACCGCUCCCAAGAAAACAGAAUUUACCACCAGUCUCAAAUCAUCUGAAGUGACCAUCACCCCUGUUGUGUCUGAAACCACAAACACACCACAAAAAUCAGAAUUCCCAACGAGCUUCUCAUUGUCUGAUUCCAGCAAAAUACCAUCUUUUCCUGAAUCUACAACUCUCUCCAUGGGUACUGAAACCUCCAUGCCUCACCUCUCAACCAACGUAACCACCCCAAUUUUGACCGAAACUACAUCAACUCCCCAAAAAACUGAACAUACAACCAUCCCUAUGUCCACAUCGACUGCCACUUACCAGGCAAUACAAAAUACUACCAACACCAAAAAAACUCAACUAAUUACAACCACUUCUUUAUCUAAAUCUCAGAUUACUGCCCAAUUCACCACAACCUUAACUGAAUCUGAAUCGUCCACCCCAACUUUAUCCGAGUCAUCUUCCAAUACCCAAGAAAGUGAAUACCCUAUUGCCUCCUCUCCUUUAUCUACAUCCAUAACUACUCCUGCAACAAAUGAAUUCAACACCACAUCGACAUCGCCCUUAUCAACAGAGAACCAGCUAACAUUUGAAAAUACAAUUAUUAUAUCCACAUCACAAUCCAUUGCCAAUUCACCUCUUACUGAAACCAUCACCCCAACUUUGUCUCAAACCACGCCUACUACUCAGGUAACUGAAUCCACAAACAAAACACCACUAGCAACAUAUGCAACCAUUCCUCAAACAACUGAAUCCACUACCACCUCGCUUUUGAUUGAGCCCACAACCUUAUCUCCCAUAUCUGAAUCCACCAUCGUUCUUUUGUUAUCUCGCUCCACAAACUCUCCUGAAACAACAGAAUCAACGACCACUUCCCCAAUAAUCGAAUUGACGACAACACCAUCGUUGUCUGAUUCCACAUCCAUUUCACAGGGAAAUAAUGCAAACACAAAUGCCCUGUUACUGAACAACUUCACCAGUACUUCCCUAGCAAAUGAAUCCACCACGACGUCCAAAACAACUAAAUUCACCACCCUGCCUCUGUUCUCUGAAAGUUCAACCACUGAACUGGAAACAGAAUUUACCACAAAUCUCAAAUCUUCUGAGUUCACUGUCACUCCAACUGUAUUUGAGUCAACAUCUCUUUCCGAAAUGACUACAGCCAUCACUUCUUCCCCUGCACAAGAAUCCACCACCUCCCCUCUUUUGUCUGAAUCUGCAACCAUUCCACAAGCAACAGAAUCCAUCACGAUGUCUCAGGUAACUAACGUAGUUCUGACAGCUAAUUCUGAAGCCACUAUCAACCCACAAGAACAUGAACCGCCCACUACAUCUUCAUUCUCUCAAACUGCAACUGCUCCCAAGAAAACAGAAUUUACCACCAGUCUCAAAUCAUCUGAAGUGACCAUCACCCCUGUUGUGUCUGAAACCACAAACACACCACAAAAAUCAGAAUUCCCAACGAGCUUCUCAUUGUCUGAUUCCAGCAAAAUACCAUCUUUUCCUGAAUCUACAACUCUCUCCAAGGGUACUGAAACCUCCAUGCCUCACCUCUCAACCAACGUAACCACCCCAACUUUGACCGAAACUACAUCAACUCCCCAAAAAACUGAACAUACAACCAUCCCUAUGUCCACAUCAAGUGCCACUUACCAGGCAAUACAAAAUACUACCAACACUAAAAAAACUCAACUAAUUACAACCACUUCUUUAUCUAAAUCUCAGAUUACUGCCCAAGUAGCUCAAUCAACCUCAAUUCCUCAAGCAACCGAAUCCUUCAUAAUGUCACCAUCUUCUGAGUCAGUUACAUCUCCACCACCUGAAUCCAUCACCACUCUGUCUGAAUCAAAGUUCACCACAACCUUAACUGAAUCUGAAUCGUCCACCCCAACUUUAUCCGAGUCAUCUUCCAAUACCCAAGAAAGUGAAUACCCUAUUGCCUCCUCUCCUUUAUCUACAUCCAUAACUACUCCUGCAACAAAUGAAUUCAACACCACAUCGACAUCGCCCUUAUCAACAGAGAACCAGCUAACAUUUGAAAAUACAAUUAUUAUAUCCACAUCACAAUCCAUUGCCAAUUCACCUCUUACUGAAACCAUCACCCCAACUUUGCCUCAAACCACGCCUACUACUCAGGUAACUGAAUCCACAAACAAAACACCACUAGCAACAUAUGCAACCAUUCCUCAAACAACUGAAUCCACUACCACCUCGCUUUUGAUUGAGCCCACAACCUUAUCUCCCACAUCUGAAUCCACCAUCGUUCUUUUGUUAUCUCGCUCCACAAACUCUCCUGAAACAACAGAAUCUACGACCACUUCCCCAAUAAUCGAAUUGACGACAACACCAUCGUUGUCUGAUUCCACAUCCAUUUCACAGGGAAAUAAUGCAAACACAAAUGCCCUGUUACUGAACAACUUCACCAGUACUUCCCUAGCAAAUGAAUCCACCACGACGUCCAAAACAACUAAAUUCACCACCCUGCCUCUGUUCUCUGAAAGUUCAACCACUGAACUGGAAACAGAAUUUACCACAAAUCUCAAAUCUUCUGAGUUCACUGUCACUCCAACUGUAUUUGAGUCAACAUCUCUUUCCGAAAUGACUACAGCCAUCACUUCUUCCCCUGCACAAGAAUCCACCACCUCCCCUCUUUUGUCUGAAUCUGCAACCAUUCCACAAGCAACAGAAUCCGUCACGAUGUCUCAGGUAACUAACUUAGUUCUGACAGCUAAUUCUGAAGCCACUAUCAACCCACAAGAACAUGAACCGCCCACUACAUCUUCAUUCUCUCAAACUGCAACCGCUCCCAAGAAAACAGAAUUUACCACCAGUCUCAAAUCAUCUGAAGUGACCAUCACCCCUGUUGUGUCUGAAACCACAAACACACCACAAAAAUCAGAAUUCCCAACGAGCUUCUCAUUGUCUGAUUCCAGCAAAAUACCAUCUUUUCCUGAAUCUACAACUCUCUCCAAGGGUACUGAAACCUCCAUGCCUCACCUCUCAACCAACGUAACCACCCCAACUUUGACCGAAACUACAUCAACUCCCCAAAAAACUGAACAUACAACCAUCCCUAUGUCCACAUCGACUGCCACUUACCAGGCAAUACAAAAUACUACCAACACUAAAAAAACUCAAAUAAUUACAACCACUUCUUUAUCUAAAUCUCAGAUUACUGCCCAAUCAUCUUCCAAUACCCAAGAAAGUGAAUACCCUAUUGCCUCCUCUCCUUUAUCUACAUCCAUAACUACUCCGGCAACAAAUGAAUUCAACACCACAUCGACAUCACCCUUAUCAACAGAGAACCAGCUAACAUUUGAAAAUACAAUUAUUAUAUCCACAUCACAAUCCAUUGCCAAUUCACCUCUUACUGAAACCAUCACCCCAACUUUGUCUCAAACCACGCCUACUACCCAGGUAACUGAAUCCACAAACAAAACACCACUAGCAACAUAUGUAACCAUUCCUCAAACAACUGAAUUCACUACCACCUCGCUUUUGAUUGAGCCCACAACCUUAUCUCCCACAUCUGAAUCCACCAUCGUUCUUUUGUUAUCUCGCUCUACAAACUCUCCUGAAACAACAGAAUCUACGACCACUUCCCCAAUAAUCGAAUUGACGACAACACCAUCGUUGUCUGAUUCCACAUCCAUUUCACAGGGAAAUAAUGCAAACACAAAUGCCCUGUUACUGAACAACUUCACCAGUACUUCCCUAGUAAAUGAAUCCACCACGACGUCCAAAACAACUAAAUUCACCACCCUGCCUCUGUUCUCUGAAACUUCAACCACUGAACUGGAAACAGAAUUUACCACAAAUCUCAAAUCUUCUGAGUUCACUGUCACUCCUACUGUAUUUGAGUCAACAUCUCUUUCCGAAAUGACUACAGCCAUCACUUCUUCCCCUGCACAAAAAUCCACCAUCUCCCCUCUUUUGUCUGAAUCUGCAACCAUUCCACAAGCAACAGAAUCCAUCAAGAUGUCUCAGGUAACUAACGUAGUUCUGACAGCUAAUUCUGAAGCCACUAUCAACCCACAAGAACAUGAACCGCCCACUACAUCUUCAUUCUCUCAAACUGCAACCGCUCCCAAGAAAACAGAAUUUACCACCAGUCUCAAAUCAUCUGAAGUGACCAUCACCCCUGUUGUGUCUGAAACCACAAACACACCACAAAAAUCAGAAUUCCCAAUGAGCUUCUCGUUGUCUGAUUCCAGCAAAACACCAUCUUUUCCUGAAUCUACAACUCUCUCCAAGGGUAUUGAAACCUCCAUGCCUCACCUCUCAACCAACGUAACCACCCCAACUUUUACCGAAACAACAUCAACUUCCCAAAAAACUGAACCUACAACCAUCCCUCUGUCCACAUCCAGUGCCACAUUCCAGGCAAUACAAUAUACAACCAACACCCAAGAAACUCAACUAAGUACAACCACUUCUUUUUCUAAAUCUCCGAUUACUAUCCAAGUUACACAAUCAACCUCAAUUCCUCAAGCAACCGAAUCUUUCAUAAUGGCACCAUCUUCUGAGUCAGUUACAUCUCCAGCACGUGAAACCAUCACCACCGUGUUUGAAUCACAGUUCACCACAACCUCACCUCUUUCUGAAUCGUCCACCCCAAAUUUAUCUGAAUCAACUUCCAAUACCCAAGGAAGUGAAUCCUCCAUUACAUCCUCUCCUUUGUCUACUUUAAUGACUACUCCUGUAACAAAUGAAUUCAACACCACAUCAACAUCGUCUGCAUCAACAGAGAACCAGCUAACAUUUCAAAAUACAAUUAUCCCAUCCACAUCACAGUCCAUUGCCAAUUCACCUGUUACUGAAACGAUUUCCCCAUCUUUCUCACAAACCACUUCCGCUACCCAUUUAACUGAAUCCAGAACCACAACACCACUGGCAAAAUUUGCAACCAUUCCUCAAACAACUUAUUCCACUACUACCUCGCUUUUGUUUGAGUCCACAUCCUCCUUUCCCACAUCUCAAUCCACCAUCUUCCCUUUGUUAUCUCGCUCCACUAACUCUCCCGAAACAACAGAAUCUGUGACCACUUCCCCAAUAAUUGAAUUGAUGACAACACCAUCAUUGUCUGAAUCCACGUCCAUUUCACAGGGAAAUAAUGCAAACACAAAUACUCUGUUACUGAACAACUUCACCAGUAUUUCCCUAGAAAUUGAAUCCACCACGACGUCCAAAACAACUAAAUUCACCACCCUUCCUCUGUUCUCUCAAAAUUCAACCACUGCAAUGGAAACAGAAUUUACCACAAAUCUCAAAUCUUCUGAGUUCACUGUCACUCCAACUUUAUUUGAGACAACAUCUAUUUCCGAAAUGACUACAGCCAUCACUUCUUCCCCUGCACAAGAAUCCACCACCUCCCCUCUUUUGUCUGAAUCUGCAAGCAUUCCACAACCAACAGAAACAGUCACAAUGUCUCAGGUAACUAACUUAGUUCUUACAGCUAAUUCAGAAGCCACUAUCCACCCACAAAAACAUGAAUCGAACACUACCGCUUCAUUCUCUCAAACUACAACCGCUUCCCAUGAAACAGAAUUUACUACCAAUCUGAAAUCAUCUGAAGUGACCAUCACCCCAAUUUUGUCUGAAUCCACAAGCACUCCACAAAAAACUGAAUUCCCAACCAGCUUCCCAUUGUCUGAUUCCAGCACAACACCAUCUUUGCCUGAAUCUACUACUCUGUCCAAGGGUACUGAAUCCUCCACGCCUCACCUCUCAACCAACAUAACCACCUCUACUUUGACUGAAACUACAUCAACUCCCCAAAAAACUGAAUCUACAACCAGUGCCACUUCCCAGGCAAUACAAUAUACUACCAACACCCAAGAUACUCAACUAAUUACAAGCACUUCAUUAUCUAAAUCCCCGAUUACUGUCCAAGUAACUCAAUCAACCUCAGCAACCGAAUCCCCCAUUAUGGCACUAUCUUCUGAGUCAGUUACACCACCACCAUCUGAAUCCAUCACCACUCUGUCUGCAUCACAGUUCACUACAACCUCACCUGUGUCUGAAUCUUCCACCCAAACUUUAUCCUUGUCAACUUUCAAUAUCCAAGGAAGUGAAUCCCCCAUUGCCACCGCUGUAUUCUCUACAUCCAUAAGUACUCAUCUAAGAAAUGAAUCGAACACCACUUUAACAUCAUCCACAUCAACAGCGAAGCAGCCAACAUUUGAAAAUACAAUCAUCCCGUCCACAUUACGGUCCAUUGUCAACUCAUCUCUUACUGAAUCCAUCACCCCAACUUUGUCUCAAACCACAUCCACUACUCAGCUAAGUGAAUCCACCACCUCCACUGCACUGUCAACAUUUGCAAACAUUCCUCAAACAACUGAAUCCAGUACUACCUCGCUUUUCUUUGAGCCCACAUUCUCCAUCCCCACAUCUGAAUCCACCAUCACCCCUUUGUUUCCUCGCUCCACAACCUCUCCCAAAACAACAGAUUCUACGACCACUUCCCCAGUAAUCGAACUGACAACAACUCCAUCGCUCUCUGAAUCCAUGACCUUGACCCAGGGAAAUGAUGCCAACACAAACAACCUGAUGCUGAAUCACUCCAGCUUUACUCCCCAAUCAAAUGAAUCCACCACGACGCCCCAAGCCACUGAAUUAUCUGGCCGAAGUUUAUUAGAAAACACUUCCACUUUCCAAAGAACAAAAUUCUCCACCCCGAUUCCAUUGUCUGAAAGUAGAAACACUGCACUCGUAACAGAAUUUACCACAAAUUUCAAAUAUUCUGAGCUGACUGUGACUGCAGUUUUACCUGAGUCAACAUCCUUUUCCCAAAUAACUACAGCCCCCACUUCUUCCCCUGCACAAGAAUCCACCAUCUCCGCUCUUUUGUCUAAAUCUACAACCAAGCCACAAGCAACAGAAUCUCUCACGCCGUCUCAGGUAACCAACUUAGUUCUGACAGCUAAUUCUGAAGCCACUAUCACCACACAAAAUCAUGACCCGCCCACUACAUUUUCAUUCUCUGAAAUUGCAACCACUCCCCAAGGAGCAGAAUUUGCCACCAAUCUCAAAUCACCUGAAAUGACCAUCACCCCAAUUUUUUCUGAAUCCACAAACACUUUACAAAAAACUGAAUUCCCAACCAACUUCUCCUUAUCUGAUUCCAGCACAACCCCAUCUUUUCCUGAUUCUUCAACUCUGUCCAAUGGUACUGAAUCCUCCACCACUCACCUAUCAACCAACGUAACCACCACUCCUACUUUGACUGAAACUACAUCAACUCCCCAAAAAACUGAAUCCAUAAACAUCCCUCUGUCCAUAUCCAGUGUCACAUUCCAGGCAUUACAAUAUACUACCAACACCCAAGAAACUGAACUAAUCACCACAACUCCUUUAUCUAAAUCUUCGAUUACUGUCCAAGUAACUCAAUCAACCUCAAUUCCCCAAGCAACCGAAUCCUCCAUCAUGGCACCAUCUUCUGAGUCAGUCACCCCACUGCCACCUGAAUCCAUCACCACUCUGUCUGCAUCACAGCUCACCACAACCUCACCUGUGUCUGAAUCCUCCAUUCCAACUUUAUUGGAGUCUACUUCCAAUACCCAAGGAAGUGAAUCCCCCAUUGCCACCUCUCCUUUGUCUACAUCCAUGACCACUCCUGUAACAAAUGAAUCCAACACAAUUUUGACAUUUUCCACAUCAACAGCGAUGCAGCUAAUAUUUAAAAAUACAAUCAUCCCGUCCACAUCACGGUCCAUUCCCAGCUCACCUCUUACUGAAUCCAUUACCCCAACUUUGUCUGAAACCACAUCCAGUACCCGUCUAACUGAAACCAUCUUCACCAUUCCACUGUCAACAUUCACAAUCAUUCCUCAAAUAACUGAAUCCACUACCACCUCGCUUUUGCUUGAGCCCACAUCCUCCCUCCCUACAUCUGAAUCCACCAUCACCUCUUUGUUUUCUUUCUCCACAGCUUCUCCCAAAACAACAGAAUCUACCACCACUUCACUACUAAUCGAAUUGUUGACAACCCUAUCAUUGUCUGAAUAUACGUCCAUUUCCAAAGGAAGCGUACCUUCCACUGCCACCGCUCCUUUGUCUACAUCCAUAUCAUUUGACAGAGCAAUCAUCUCUUCCACAUUACAGUCCAUUGCCACCUCACCUCUGUAUGCAUCUUUUUCCAUCACCCCACCUUUUUCAGAAUCCAUAUCUUCUAGCCAAGUAAGUGAAUCCACCACCACCUCCUCACUGUCAACAUCCACAACCACAUCUCAACCAACUGAAUCUACUAUAUCCUCUCUUUCGUUUGAACCUACAUCCACCUUUGCUGCAUCUGUGUUGUCUCACUCCACAACUUCUCUCCAAACGACACAGUCCAAAACCAUUUCCCCACAAAUUGAGUUGACCAUCACCCCAACUUUCUUUGAAUCCACCUCCAUUUCCCAUGGAACUGAUUCCACAACAACUACCCUUUUUUUGUACAAGUCCAUCAUUUCUCCCAAAGUAACUGAGUCCACUACCAAUCUCCAGCCCACCGAGGUAAGCGGUCCUACUUUGUUUGAAUCCAUAUCCACUUCGCAAAAAGUUAAAUUCACCACUACACCUCCAUUUUCUGAAAGUACAUCUGCUCAACAAGCCACAGUGCUUAUCACCAAUCUCAAUACUCCUUUGACUAUCACUUUUCCUUUUUCUAAAUCUAUAAAUUCUCCCCAAGUAACUGAUUCCAUCACAACUCCCCAAGCAACUAAAUCCUCAUUUACAACACUUUCAUCUGAGUCCACAGCCCCACAUGCAUCUGAAUAUACAACAACCAUCCCUCUUUUUUCAGAAUAUUCUAGCCCUCUUUUUACUGAAUCAAUUACCACCCUUCCCUUGUCUGACUAUAUUAUUACCUUUCCAUUGUCUCAAUUCACUAAUAAUCUGCAAACACCAGAUGUUUCCACCAAUUCCCAUUCAUCCGAAUUUACCAUCAACCCAACACUAACCCAAUCCACUUCCACUACCCAAGGAACUGAAUCCUCCACCACCACCCCUUUUUUUGCUGACUCCACAACCACUCUUCAGACAACACAAUCUUUCAGCUCCUCCCAAGCCACCAACUUAACCCCCAACCCUACUUUGUUCAAAGCCUUGUCUGUUCCUCAAGCACCUAAACCCACAACCUCUCUUACUUUGUCCAAAUUCAGCUCCACUCCCCAGAAAACUGAAUAUGCUACCAGUAACCAGUCAACUGAAUUGACCACCACUGCUUCUUUGUCUAAAUCUCCAACCACUCUCCAAGCAACUGAAUCCACAUUUCCCAAUGCAACUGAAUCACCCAUCAUGUCACCUUCAUCUGAGUCCACCCCCACACCAGUAUCUGAAUCCACCACCAGCUCUUCUUUAUUUGAAGCAACCACCAUCCAUGUUUCUGAAUUCAGCACCCCUCCAUUGUUUCAAUCCACAACCUCUCCACAAACAACAGAUUCUUCCACCACUCACUCAUCAAUUGAAUUGGCCAUCAACCCAACUUGGUCUGAAUCCACAUCUACUCUCCUUUCAUUGAAAACCACUAUUGCUUCCCUAGCAAAUGAAGCCACCACCUCCCUACCUUCCUCUGACUCCUCCGCCCUUCCUUUAUCUAAAUACACCACCACACCUCCUUUGCCUGAAUCUACAACCUCUUCCCAAUCAACAGACUCCUUCAUCACCUUUCCUUCGUUUGCAUCCUCAUCCACCAAACCUUCAUUUGAACUGAACUCCAUUCGUCCUGUAUCUGAAUCUGCCACCAUCCCUCCAUUGUCUCAAUUCACAAUCACUCCCAAAAAAACAAAAACUAUCACAAUUCCCCAGUCAGCUGAAUUGACUGUCACCCCACCUUUGUCUGAAUCCACAUCCACUAUUCAGAGAACUGAAUCCAUCCCACGUGUAUCUGAUUAUACCAGUAUUCGGCCUGCUUCAGAAUUCACCACCAACUCACCUCCCUUCACACAUCCUUCAUCUCAAUCCACCACCACAAUUCCCCGGGGAACAGAAUUUAUCACUCCUCCCUCUAUGUUUGAAUCCACCACAACUGUUCUAAGAGUACCUUCCACCAUCACCAUUCCCCCAGCUGUGUCUGAAUUCACCACCACCAUUUUGCAAGUAAAUGUGCACAAGUCCACCACCACUCCUUUAACAACAAAAUCAACUGUUUCUCCCCAAACAAGCAAAACCACCAUGACCCCAUUUGUGUCUGAGUCCUCCACCACCUUUUUUGUACCCAAAUCUACUACUGCUUCUGUUAUAACAGAUUCCAGUAAAAAUCUGUCUGUGCCAGAAUCUACCUAUUUUGCCCAAGCUACAGAAUCUGUGACCCUUACUCAAGUAAUAGAUUCCACAGACACACAGUCUAUAUCCACAACUGUUCCUGUUGCAAAGGAGUCCACUGCCACUCUUCAGCCAUCAACAGAAUCCAGAACCUCUCUGCACACUGCAACAAUAUCUGCAGCUAUACCCCAGGCAAAAAAAUCCACCACCAUUCAUGGUAUAAAUCGACCAAGCAACAGUACCCCUGCAACAGCAUCUACCAUGCCACAAACCAAAUCCACCACCACCUCAGAAGUAUGGAACUCUUCUACCACUCUGCUUACAGCUCAGCCUACAACCAAAUCAUCAUCAUCAUCAUUGCCAAAUACAUCUUCAUCGGGACAAG